AUGGAUCUUCUAUCCGUCCUCCCUAACUUCUCCGUCAAAUCAUACACCCACAUCCUCCCGCCCCUCGAACGAGCCAGAGUCAACACAGUCGAUCUCAUCUCGCUAGACACCCUAGAAAUCGCCAGACGCGCCCACGUCCCGCCUGCAGACGUCCGCCGUCUAGCUAACCACGUCAUAAAAGCCCUGCACCACGAUGUCGGAUUCGAAACCCCCUCGCGUCCUGAGGACGAACAACCCGACAGCAGCCUCGACCCUGACCUUCCGUUGAUUCCAGGUCCACGGACCAAACUCGAUUUGUCGAAAUGGUGUACGAUCAGCACCCUUGACCCCACACUGGACACCUUGUUGAAUGGAGGAAUUCCCACAGGAUAUGUGACGGAAGUCACUGGUGAAAGUGGGAGUGGCAAGACACAGUUUCUUCUCAGUCUGCUGCUGUCUGCGCAGCUACCACCACCUCGAGGCGCGGCCAGAAGCGCCAUUUACAUCUCUACGGAGGCACCGCUUGCUACGAAUCGGCUGUCUCAGCUCAUUGAGUCUCAUCCGCACCUCUCGAGCCUUUCGCGUGACGAUGCUCCUUCGCUACAGAGGGUUCUGUCUAUCAAUGCUAUGGACCUCGAGACCCAGGACCAUAUUCUGAAUUACCAGUUGCCUGUUGCGAUUAAGCGAUACAAUGUUGGGCUCGUUGUUAUCGACUCUAUCACGUCGAAUUAUCGAGCUGAGCAUACUGCUCAUGAUAUAUCGGGGCUAUCGACGCGCUCGGGGGAGCUCGCCAAACUAGGCCAGAUGCUGCGUAAUUUGGCCGCAAGCGAAGACGUUGCCAUUGUUGUUGCUAAUCAAGUCUCGGAUCGGUUUGAGGGUGAGGCUCCCUUGAAUUUCCCACGAAUGCCGCAGGACCGGACUCCCAUGUCUUCUCCCGCCACGCAGCAACAGCGAGAGUAUAGGCCCGGCGCUGAUCGUGAAUCGGCCGCAUCGCCUUUACCCCGAAUACGCACGUCAGAACCGGGUAAUGUCGAGCUGAAUCAACAAAGUCUUGCGGUUCCCCAGUCAACACCGAACUUACCGUCGUCAUCGCCCCAGCCGACGCAGGAAGACCCACCGCAGUUCGACGGUUCGUACCUGGUGGGUAACCCUGUCAGGAAUGAGAUUCUCAGCCUGCAACAUCAGCAACGAUUCUUCACUGGGUGGGGGGACUCUCCACAGCCGUUGGGUCAGAGUAUCUACUCUGGGUUUCAACGGUCAACCCCCAAGACCCCGACAUUGGGUCUUGUCUGGGUUACGCAGAUUGCAUGUCGAAUUGCCCUCAAGAAGUAUUUCCGGCCAGCGAGCAUUGAUCCUGCCGCGGAGGCUAAUAUAGCUGUACCUAUUGUUGAUCGGACACUGCCAAAGAAACAAGAGGAAAUAACGGAGGAAGAGUUUCCAUCAAGUAUAGCUUCUAGCCCGGACGAGAACCCGGCCAAUCAAAGGGAUCCCCCAGCCCGAGAAACUGCAAAAAGCCAGCUCACAUCAUCGGCUCCCCCGCCCUCUCAACAAACCGAGCAGUCGAUUCAACGAACCAUGAAGCUGGUCUUUUCUCCAUGGGCGGGCGGACCUGUUCCUGGGCAGUCUGAGUUUCAAGACGAAGUAGAGUUCGAGAUCUGGAAGGGCGGGAUUCGGGCUCUUCAGACGGAGUAG